AUGUGCGAUCACAUAUUGUUACAUCACAAUUCAGUAGAUACUGAUGUGGAAACUUGCGAAUUUAAUGUUGUAGACACCAAUACUACGUUGAACUUUGAUAGCAGCAUCCCGGCAGUAUUUGAUUCCCCAAAACGCACCCCAAAAAGAACAUCUGAAAACUUACCUCAACAUGGUGAACCUAGAUUGUAUAUGUCCAAUGAUUUUUACAUAAACUCUUUGCUAGCAUCCAAUAGCUACAGCUGUAGUUAUAGGGAUGAGGAGGAAAAGCAGAAUUCAUUGAAGGUGUUGGGAAAGCCAAGAUGCUGGACCGAUUCGAUAAUUAAUUCGGAUGGAGAGGCUGAAUCGUCAGAAAAGGGAGAUUCCGAUGGAUGGACAAUGCUUACUCCAAUUCGUAAUUUGGCUCAAAAUUCUUCUACCAAAAAAUUACCCAUAACUUUAGAAACUCUUGAAGAUUCCAACGAAGUAGGAUACAAUGAUAAAUUUACUCUGGUGGAUAUGUUUAAAAAUCUAUGUAUUGCUGCAAAGAGAGUUGUACUUAGGGGCGGCAUACUACUAUAUCAACCCGUUUCCAAUCUGAUCCAACGUAUGACUAAGCGCAACUUUUCGCUGAUUGAACUAAGACAAAUUUUGUAUAUAUGCCCUGAGAUAGUAUCUGUGCGGUGGAUUAGGGUAAAUUCGGCCAUUAAAAAAUUAUAUCCAAAGGAGUACUCCGCCUUUACUAGUGAUACAAUAUUCGACCUUAAAAUAUCACUGAAAGUUAAUGAUUCCCAUUGUACCAGCUCUACAGAUUUUAACAAGGCAUUGGAUAUAUUUACAAAUGCAAUUAAUAGAUAUGAUGAACAAAGCAUGCAUAAUGGCCGUAAAAACAAGCCGGAUCAAACUAUGGACACUAGUACAAUUGUUAAUGAUGGGCUAGACAAUGAAACUAGACAACUUAACUAUCCUUUGGGUGAAUUGCCAGAAAAGCCAACUCCUAACCGUGGUAAAUUAUUAGAAGUUCUAAAAACUCCUACCAAAUUUCGCAAUUCUGAUACUUGUGGCCGUGAUACAGAUCACGAUGACCAUUCUCCUUCUAGACUUUCAUCUUCCAGUAGAUUAUCAAGUCUUAGAGCUACAUUUAAAUUGAAGUGUGACCAUGGGCUUUUUACCGAAGAAACUGGUCGCUCCCACGCAAACAUAGGCACUAACACUCCAUCAAGAUUAAUGUUUGAAACGCCUAAAAGAGGCGUUAUGCAGUUAACCGGGUCCCAGACCCCUAAUGAUAAAUUUCCACUUGGGUCUCCGGUGUCUAAUGUACAGUUGGAUUUGUUAGAUACUCCAGGUAUGAAACGCAUAAAGUUGGCCGCUUUGCAGCGAGAAAUGGCAAACAAGGACGUUGGUGAUAACAUCAUUUUCCAACUGGACACUCGUUGGUUGGUGGAACUUAUUUACGAAAUGAUCGUAAAUGAAAAAAUGUCACAUGUAAUAUCUGUCAGCUCUCUCUACGAAUUUAUAAUCAAUAAAUGUCAUGCCACUGUAAAUUUAACUAGGCUUAAUAAAAUAUUGGAACAAUUACAAACUAAAUACCCUAACAUAUUUAUUCUAUCAACUUCUACGUUGGAUGGAAGUAACACGCUAACCCUCAGUGACAAAUGCAUUACUAAUCCAAAGAUAUUGGAUGAUAUAUUGCAAUCAUUCUAG